UGCCAGUUUCAGGGAUUUGAGUUGCUUUGCUGGGGAUCUGCAGCGACUUCUUCCUGUUAGCAGGUGGCUGAACCCAAAAGGAAAUUGGAGAGCUGAACUGCUCAGCAGGUGUUCCUUCUUGAAGAAUCUGCUGCACAGUCCUCACUAAUCUCCCAACAUGGCUACACGACUGAGGCCGGCCUUUAAGAAAUGCACCGUGAUAGGUGGCUCGGGGUUCCUGGGGCAGCACCUGGUGGAGCGCCUCCUGGAGAAAGGCUACUCAGUCAAUGUGUUUGAUGUCCGAAAGGGCUUUGAGAAUGACCAGGUGCAAUUCUUCUUGGGAGAUCUCUGCAGCAAAGAGGAUCUGCUUCCAGCUUUGCAAGGAGUGACUGUGGUAUUUCACUGCGCGUCACCAGCACCUUCCAGCAACAACCGAGAGCUUUUCUACAAGGUCAAUUAUUUGGGGACAAAAGUGGUCAUUGAGACUUGCAAAGAAGCUGGUGUCCAGAAACUGGUGUUGACCAGCAGUGCCAGCGUUGUCUUUGAGGGCACCGACAUCAAGAAUGGGACUGAAGAUCUACCAUAUGCAAAAAAACCCAUUGACUACUAUACGGAGACUAAGAUUCUGCAGGAGAAGGAAGUGCUGAGUGCCAGUGAUCCAGAGAGGAAUUUCUUCACUGCCGCUAUUCGCCCCCAUGGCAUAUUUGGUCCACGGGACCCCCAGCUGGUUCCCAUCCUUGUCCAGGCAGCCCGAAGUGGCAAGAUGAAGUUCAUGAUUGGGGAUGGGAAAAACUUGGUGGAUUUUACCUUUGUGGAAAAUGUGGUCCAUGGACAUAUACUGGCUGCAGAGCAACUUCAGAGAGACUCUCCCCUGUGUGGGAAGGCAUUCCACAUCACAAACGAUGAGCCCGUCCCCUUCUGGGAGUUCAUGUCGCGCGUCCUGACCGGCCUGAAUUAUGAGGCUCCUAAGUACCGCAUCCCCUACUGGCUGGCUUAUUACUUGGCCCUCCUCCUGUCUGUGGUCGUGCUGCUGCUGAGCCCCCUCGUCACAAUCAACCCCACUUUCACCCCCAUGCGGGUGGCGCUCGCUGGCACGUUCCACUACUACAGCUGUGAGCGAGCCAAGAGGGACAUGGGCUACAAGCCCCGGGUCAGCCUGGACGAAGCGGUGGCAAAAACCAUCAAGAGCUACCCACACCUCCGCCGUGCCAAGUAGCUGUCAAAGGCCUCAGAGUCCAUCAGCGGAAUCUCACCUCUCUGGAUUUCCGGGUUCUUGGCUUCCACUCUGGUCUCCAUCUUGGAAGCCACCACCUGAAACGACUUUAUACCGUGAACUGCCUGUGACCGAUCUGCCAUGACCAGCGUCUCAAAAUAUGACUGUCCCAGUCAUGGUUGAAUGGUUGUAAACCUCCAGCGUGACCAACUUACCUGCUUCCUUCCACGGCUUGAGUGCGUUCCUGCUCUGAGUAUACCUUGCCUUUUCAGAGGGCAGGAAAGCACAUGGGAGGCAAAUUUUCCUUACUAGAGUUUUUUUAAUCUUGCACUGUUGUGGGGGAGCUACUUUCUCUUCCCAAACAAGGCCACUCUUGGAGCAAGGGGCUAAAUCUGUGGCCAAAUGCCAAAGUUGGAGUUAUGGCUCAUUCUGUCUGAAAAGCUGACUCUAUGAGAACUUUGCUUGUUAACCAACAGGGAAGAGUUUAUCUGUGUAGUAUGAAAAAAAUGACACUGGGUGGUGUCUCCCAAAUAAAAAUGUGAAGCUCUCU